AUGGUACCUCUCAAUGAUGAUGCCUACUACGAUGCUGGUGUGACGCCUGGGAAUGUACCAAGUCAAUGGUCUGAUGUUGGAGAUCCAGAAUAUUAUCACAGAGGCCUCAUGACUAGGUACGUUCCAAAAGGUCUCCCUGUUUCUCUGACCAAGUUGCGACAUGUUCGAACCAACGCCAACAAGACGUUUGUCAGAAUUUGCGCAAUCGGAGUGGGUGAGGGUUGUCAUCAAACUUUGAUGGCCGAGAACAGACAUAACUUUUCCUGUUCUAACUACUUUGAGAAAUCCCUGCUGUUUCCUUACAUAUAUUAA